GGCUCCCUUUGUUUGCUGAAAAGGAGAGGAUAAGACAGAUAAGAGCCUGAUAAAGCUUGCUAGUGUAAAAGGAACAUUUCCUAUAAUGAUGGCUUUGAGAAUUCCUGACAUAUUUGAACAGAAGACAGAGGAACAACUCUCCCUCCUUAAUCACCAUGGAUCUAAUUGCAACCCCCAACGUUGAUGGGCCAUCAUGUUGCCACUAGAAUUUGAAGAACUCAGAGAAGCCAAAUUCAUCUAAUGUUUUUGAUGAGGGUUAUGUCACUGUGGAACAACUUUGAGAAAGUCUUCGGUAGUGGAACCAAACUUGUUGUCACAGAUAAAAUCUUUAAUGCAGACAUUUACCCCAAGCCCACGAUUUUUCUUCCUUCAGUUGCUGAAACAAAUCUCCAUAAUGCUGGGACAUAUCUUUGUCUUCUGGAGAACUUUUUCCCUGAUGUUAUUAAGGUAUAUUGGAAAGAAAAUGGAGGUUAUAGGAUUCUGGAAUCCCAUCAGGGAAAUACCAUGAAGACUAAGGACACAUACAUGAAGAUGAGCUGGCUAACCGUGACUGGAGAGUCAAUGGAUAAAGAGCACAAGUGUAUUGUCAAACACGAGAAUAAUAAAAGAGGAGUUGAUCAAGAGAUUCUCUUUCCUGCAAUAAGGAAAGUUGUCACCACUAUGAAUCCCAGAGAAGCCGAUUUGAAAGUUACAAAUGCUGUCACCACUAUUAAUGCCAGAAAAGCUGAUCUGAAAUGUGAAAGUGUUGUCAAUACUACUGAAUCUGAAGCUUAUUUAAAAGAUGCACUAAAGCUGCAGCUCACAAACACCUCUGUCUACUGGACCUACCUCCUCUUACUCCUCAAGAGUGUGGUCUACUUGGCCUUCGUCACCUUCAGUCUGCUAAGAAAAACAGCUGUCGGUAGAAAUGGGAAGAGUACCUAACAAAUGGUGGCACAACGGAGUUGUGUUGUGUUCUUGGUUUAUUGUCCUGAAGAGUGUCUGCUGAGAACCUGGCUAGGUUUGCUUGCUGGGUUACAGCUCCUUGGGUUCUCACCUGUAUAAUUCUGUCACUAUUGCAGUAAGGGUUUCUCUAACCAGUGGGCAAAUGGAGCAUCUUCACUCUGUAACAAUGAGUAGCACUUAGUGGUACCUAGUCCCUGUGUUUCUAGUCCCUAUCAGCCCCUCCAGCCAGCCCAAUCAUCUCAACCUUCGUGGGGCCAAUGGACAGCUUCUAGACACAUCCCUUAGUGCCCUUUAACCAGAGACCACCUUAAAGCCUUCCAUUCCACACAUCCUGAAAUUGCCUUCUUUGCUACUUGAAUUCUGUUCUUUAUUUUUCAUAAUAAACACAACAGUCUACUUUGG